CACCAUCCUCCCAACGAGAUCAAGUGUGCGACAGAGGGUUGUCAAACUCAUCAGAAAUUUCUUGACUUUUUUUUACACCGUUGCUUUUUUUUACAUAAGUAGAUUGAUCCAUUGAAAAAAAAAUAUCGGGAGAAACUGACGGACGAAUAAGCCACGGUGAAUUAGCACGCUCGGUUUUGUGUCAUUCCAGACCACAUAGGGUUGCCAGAAAGUCGCCAUGAAGGGAUUAAUCUAUUUAUUUGGAAUUUUGUGUUUUAUAUAUUAUACUUACUCUAAGCCUAAUGGAGCCCCUCAAGACUCGUGCUUUUACAUGACUCCGAGGCAUAUUCACCCGCAUACCUACAGGAGAGUGUUCCCGACUAAAGCCAUGGGACUUUAUAAUAUAACAACAUCGGCGGACGUGUUUCGACCAGAUAGGCCAAUACGAGUAACUUUAUGGGGUCCACCUUUCAAAGGAUUUAUGAUGGUCGCUGCAGAGGAAGGGGCUAAAGAUUGGCCUACUGGAAUAUUUUACAGCGAGGAUGGCGCCGCUAAACGGCUAGGCUGUCUAGCACGAGGUGACACCGUGACUCAUCAAAAUAAUUCAUACAAAGAUUCCGUAUCUGUAUUAUGGUACGGGCCAGAAAACAUGAUGUCUGAGCAAAUCCAAUUUAUAGCAACAGUUGUUGUGAAUUUGACGAUAUAUUACACUAACAUAAGGUCUGGAAUGAUUCGACUGGAUCCCUCAUUACAUGGCACAACUAUUGAUCCUGAAGCAGCCGCUGGAGCCGGUGGCGAAGGUGGAGCCCCUGUUGCAGUUACAAUGGAUCCCUGGCUUUCCGGUCAGUCGGCAACACAGGCGCCAACCAACUGGUGGAGCAAUUUAGCUGGCGGGAGACGUGGUAUUGCGGGAAACACAGGCUGGGGCGCCGGCGGAGCAGCAGCAACUGGAGGCAAUAGUGGAUGGGGAGCGGGAGCGGGAGCGAAUACUGGGGGAACUUGGGGAGCAGCAAAUGCCGCAAGUGGCACUUGGGGAUCACAGACUGGAACUGGUGGAAGUGGAGGUUGGGGAGCUCAGGCCGGAACUGGUGCAAGUGGAGGUUGGGGAGCUCAGGCCGGAACUGGUGCAAGUGGAGGUUGGGGAGCUCAGACCGGAGCUGGUGCAAGUGGGGGUUGGGGAUCGCAGACAGGAACUAGUGGUCAAGGGGGGUGGGGAACAGGUACAGGUGGACGUGCAAACAAUCAGUGGGGAACUAAUACUGGUCAAACGUCUUGGGGUCAGGCAUCAGGGGCUGGUGCUGGUACUGGUGGCUGGAGCGCCAAUGGAGAUUGGCAACAAGUAAAUCAGGGGUCAGUGACGUCAAGUAACUGGAACGCUGGACAGACGUCAUGGCACGCGCCUGGUGACGGACGACCAAUUUGGAACUGGAAUUCUGGGAAAAUACCAACAACCGCAGCCCCUGCCGCAACUACUCCGGCUCCUAAACCGACACAAGCUGGUGGAAAACAAACUACAUCUGCAUGGUCAGCACAAGCUUUAUUAGAACUUGUUCAAAGACUUGGGUUGGGCCCUGUUGCUAGAGCCCCAUGAUUCUUUUUCAAUUGUUUAAUUUAUUUCUUUAACUGCAACACUUUAAUUCUAUGCAGAUUCUAUGGAGAUGGGCAUUUAGUGAUUUAUGAUUUUGACCUCUCAUUGUUGUUAAUGCACAUGAAACUAAGUUAAUAAUGCGGCAAAUAGCUGUUUAUAGUAAUGAUUAGAAUGAUUUAAUAGCUAUUUAAUCUUAGAUAAAAGAGAAAUAAUUAUAGCCGCUUGAUGUAUAUAAAAAUAAAACUAUAAAAUGAUAAGAGAUCAGUUUAUAAGAAUAUAUAUUCUCAGAACUUUGUAGUAUAUUUUUUGCAUGGCGGAACUUUUUUUCUGAAAAACGAUUAUAAAAACAGUCUGAUACGUCUGUAAAUCAAUGUUUUCUUUUGAGAAUACGGGCAUGUGCCUUUAAUACUAGUCAUAAUAAUAAAAUAUAUACAAAUUUUUCCGAUAAGCUUAAAAGAGAUUACGUGGCUUUGAUCUUGAAUUUCAAAUCCUGCUUAAGAAAAAAAUUACGUUUUAUGUUUGGACUAAUAAAAUGUGAUUAUAAUCAUAGAAUACUGAUCCAGAUGAGUCUGAUAUUCAGGAGUUUGCGGUAAAAAAGUUGAAAAUAGAAAGAAAAAAAGAAAUUUUUAGAAACAUAUUUGAAGAUGUAAAUUGUCCGUAAGCUAACUUGCCUAUACAAACUUACGCAUAAAUCAAGUUAGACAAGUACAGCCUUGUGGUGGGAGGGUGAGGGGGUUAAAUGCCUAUUUCUUUGGACUCGAAGCAGAAUGAGAGUAUUUGUAAGAGGGUGUUGGAACAAAGGGUGUUUCGUGUUUUUAGUAUUCCUAGAAAAUAAAGGAUAAUAUUAAUCUCAAAUAUACCAAGUUAGUUCUAAAUAAACUUAGUCUAUAGUUGUUUUAGAUAGUUGUCUGAAGUAGGAAAUAUACUUGAUAUUCGAACAGAUGUGUUCGUUUCCAGUCAUUUUGUUGAAUUAAAAAUUAUAAUAAAAGUGAUUAUGAUAAUUUUUCACAAUUUAUGUCUAGCCGCACUGUGUGUUUAUUUGUUAAAACAUGACAUAGUAUACAUGUAUGUAGUAAAAGCUGUACCUUA